UGUCCCCCCAGCACCCUCUGCUCUUGCCCACGGUGGUUCUGCCAGUUGAAGAACAAACGGGGCUGGGUGCCUGCUGCCUAUCUGGAGCCGAUGGACGGGCCGGAUGAGUCUGAAGAGCAGGAGCCCAACUACGCAGGGGAGCAGUACGUUGUCCAGAAAAGCUACACGGCCGUGGAGGAGGACGAGCUGACCCUCCAGGAGGGGGAUCUCAUCGAAGUCAUCCACAAGCUGCUUGACGGCUGGUGGGUCAUCAGGAAGGACAAAACCACGGGUUAUUACCCCUCCAUGUACCUGCAGAAAGCCGGGGAGGAGAACACCCCCGUGAAGAGCGAGCUGAGGAACCGGAGUGCUCCGCCGCGGAGAUCCACCAUCCGGAACGCGAAGAGCAUCCACAAGCAGAGCCGGAAGCAGAUCAGCCAGGAGACCUACAGGAGGAACAGCAAGAAGUACAUCCAGAGCCGGAGGAACAUGAGGGGAAAAUUCCAGAACAAGGCCAAUGUCAUCGCUGAGAAAAACGAGCAAGAGGAGAACAAGCCCAGAGCUCAGCCUGCCGUUCCUCCCCGUCCCAGCAAAGACCUCAUCC